AAAGGAGACUGAUGUAAUCAAUAUUCAAUUGAAAAAACAUGUAUCACGUAUUGAGAAACUUGAGAAAGUUUAUAAUGUAUUAAAGAAGCAUAAAAAAGCUUUUACAGAUGCUAAUAUCCAUAACUACGAAAUUGUUCUUGGCGUCGAUAUUUCUACAAUUAAGACCGACCCAACAGCUCAUACAAGAUUUGUUCGGGAAAUUGUACGACGAGCUGGACUUGCAUUGCAUACGGAUCAAAUAUUUACAAACAAAGAUCACGUUAACGACAUAAAAGCCAUGAUGCUUCAACAUGACCAUCUACUAGUUGAAAAAGAAAACAUGGAUGAUGCUUAUAGAAAGAUACAAGGAUCAUUGAGACAAUUAAAGCGAGAUGAAGAAAAGAAACGACGAGUAUUAGCAUCAUUGGUAGCAGCAAAGAACAACGAUCGUACGGCUGAUGAUGAUGACAAAGAAAAAAAUGAACAGCAACAAACAAUCGCUAAAGAUGAAACAAAUAAAGAACCAAUAGCUAAUGACGGUGUAACGAGUCACCCAACAACUAAAUUUGGUGGAAGCUAG